AUGACCUAUCAACAAGGAUGCAACAUGGUCUGGAAGACCAUGGAUUGGAUAGACACAGCCACUGAUGAGUUUGUCUCUUUGUCUGGAUUCAGUCAGACACUGCGUCACCUCCUGCAUACAGACACACAGACACUCACAGAUAACAUCAUAGUGGCAAAGACGAGGGAGGGGCCAUUCCACACUUCUGGCAUCACAGGAUUUCAGCAUACAAUUAAUAUGGACGGAAGGGACGAGUUCACCGAAGACAGUGAGUGUUGCAGCAACAACUCGCAGGAAGUCCUCGGACAGGAGAGCAUCUCAGAAGACAGUGAAAGCGACCCGGACUCUUCGUCCAACACCUCGGCCGACGACCACAUGACUGCCAAGAGGGCUCCGUGCCGCCUGCAAGGAGCGGGAGUCAAAGAGGAGAACGAGGACGGCUCUGAUCACAGCAACAACUUUGUGUGUCCUCUGUGCACGCUGGACUUCAGCAGUCCAGAGAAGCUCAUUUCCCAUGUCUACCAGCACACAAGUCUAAUGAACAACGCCAAAAGCUACGUGUGUCCCGUAUGUGGACGAGCACUGAGUUCGCCGGGCUCGCUCGGACGUCAUCUUCUCAUCCACUCGGAGGACCGUCUGUCCAACUGUGCCGUGUGCGGGGCACACUUCACUGACACAGACAACUUCAACAGGGACAAGCUCAAGGAAGUCCUGGACACGACCAAGCUGGACGUCUCUGGUGGAGGUGACACUUGUCCCCUAACCCACUCGCUUUCCAGUACUCCCAUGGCCAGUCCAGGAGCGGACCCUCAUUCCUUAUCCGGGCCCAGUUCCUGUCAGGGCCCUCAAUCAUGUCAAGUCCACGAUCCCAGCGGGAGUCUUUGUCAAUCCCAUCGAACGUGUCACAUCUCCGGCCCAUGUCAAGGGGCCUCCGGUCAAGGACCCUCGUUUCCCUCACUGCCCGACAGUCUGCUUUCCGAAGGGCCCUCGCUGGCAUCCAUUCCCGAUGCACUCACCUCGUCCUCCUCAGGUCUUCCUCCCAUCCCGGACAUCCUGAGCCCGACGCCCGUGUACCCUGCCGGCGUGCUCCUGGUGUGCAACAGCUGUGUAGCCUACCAGCAGCUGGUGGAAUCGCAGUCCCCCACUCGCAAAUGGGCCCUGCGCCGCAAAAACGAGCCCCUGGAGUCGCGCCUGCACCGGCUGGAGCGCGAGCGUACAGCCAAGAAGAACAAGCGCGCGUGCGAGACGGACGAGGAACGCGAGUUGCGCCGUCUGCGUGACCGCGAGGCCAAGCGCAUGCAGAGGAUGCAGGAGUCUGAGGAGCAGCGGGCACGGCGCCUACAGCGGGACCGUGACGCCAUGCGCCUCAAGAGGGCCAACGAGCCGCCCGAAAAGAGGCAGGCGCGGCUCGUCCGCGAGCGCGAGGCCAAAAGGAUCAAGCGCCGGCUGGAGAAGAUCGACCCCGCACUGAGGACGCAGAUUGAACACGACCCCGCCGCCAUGGCUGCGCUCACGGCCGACAUGAGCCUCUUUCAGUUCCCCUGCCCUGUGCCCGUCCCCUCCAUGGGAAAUGGACUUUUCAUGAAGAUGCCCUAA